AUGGCGAACCGGGAAAGGUUGAUCACGACGCUGAUGGACCUGAUCCGUAUCGACAGUCCCACUGGCGAAGAGGACGAAAUGGACUGGGAAGUAUCUUCCCGCCUUCAAGCCCUGGGAUUCAAGGUACAGCACGAUGCUUACAAGAAUGUGAUAGCAAAGCUCGACGGGGAAGGGGAACCGCUUAUCCUGUCGGCCCAUUUGGAUACCGUGGAACCGGGCCGUGGCAUCAAACCGCAACUGGACGGAGAUGUGCUUCACUCCGAUGGGACCACCAUACUGGGCGGUGACUGCAAAGCGGGAGUGGCAAUUGUGUUGGAGGCUUUGACUGCGGUGCGGGAGUCCGGGGCAACGCACCUGCCGGUAGAAGUAAUAUUUUCCCGCGCUGAAGAAGGGGGACUAAACGGGGCACACAACCUGGACUUCAGCCUGGUGUCCGCCCAGCGCGGAGUAGUGUUGGAUGGCGAAGGCCCGGUGAACCGGCUAACGGUAGCCGCGCCCUCCCAGAAUGUGGUGAAGGCGGAGAUUCAUGGGCGCGCCGCCCACGCUGGACUGGAACCCGAGAAUGGCAUUUCGGCAUUGGUCAUAGCCGGUCACCUUUUGACCAGGCUUCCCUUGGGCCGGAUCGACGAGGAGACGACUUCCAAUAUCGGGUACCUGGAAGGGGGGCUGAAACGAAACAUAAUCCCCGAACGGGCCUUCCUGGACGGGGAGAUACGAAGCCGGGACCAGCAAAAGCUGGAGCACUAUACCGACCGGUUCCGCCAGGUGUUUGACGAAGUCUCAGCGAUGUAUCCGGAGGCGCGCCUUGCUGUUGACAUAAGCAACAGCUACCAGGCUUAUCGGGUGGGUGCCGAACAUCCCACGGUGGCAAUGCUGGCCCGGGCGCUGGGGGAAGUGGGAUUGGAACCGCGGAUGGAAGGCAGUGGGGGCGGUUCCGACGCCAACGUGUUCUUCGAGCAUGGGAUAGCCGCUUUGCCGGUAGGCAUUGGCGUACGCUCGUUCCACACCAAGGAGGAAACUGCGGUGAUCCCUGAGGUCCUACAGGGCGCUGAGGUGGUCGAGCGCCUUGUGACUGGCGUGUGA